GCCUCCAAAUAUUCUCCGUCUUUUAGGAAUCUCGUAAACACACAAUGGCACCUUCCUUAUCACCAAUCAAAUCGCACCACGUGGCAGUAAUCGGAGCUGGAGCCGCCGGUCUAGUGGCGGCGAGAGAGCUUCGACGGGAAGGUCACUCGGUGGUCGUCUUCGAGAGGCAGAAACAGGUUGGAGGAACAUGGAUCUACACCGAUCAUGUAGAGCCGGAUCCGUUAAGCGUCGACCCGACCCGACCCAUUGUCCACUCGAGCGUGUACGGCUCUCUCCGAACUAACCUUCCACGAGAGUGUAUGGGAUACAGAGACUUCCCGUUCGUGAUCCGAUCCGGCGAAUCCAGAGAUCCGAGAAGGUUUCCGAGUCACCGUGAAGUUCUGGCGUAUCUGCAAGAUUUCGCUAAGGAGUUUGGUAUCGAGGAGAUGAUUCGGUUCGAGACGGCGGUUGAGCGGGUUGCUCCGGCGACGGAAAGCGACGGUGAAGCAGGAAACAUGAAAUGGAGGGUUGAAUCUACAGAGAAGGAGAAGAAAGUUCGUCGCGAUGAGAUUUACGAUGCUGUUGUUGUCUGUAAUGGACAUUACAUUGAACCUCGUCUAGCUGAAAUUCCUGGGAUAAGUUCUUGGCCAGGGAAGGAGAUGCAUAGCCAUAAUUACCGUAUUCCUGAACCAUUUAAAGAUCAGGUUGUUGUGCUGAUUGGGAACUCUGCAAGUGCUGUUGAUAUAAGUAGAGAUAUUGCUGGAUCUGCCAAAGAGGUUCAUGUGGCUUGUAGGUCAAAUGCAGCGGAUACGUUUAUCAAACAGUCUGGUUACAGUAACUUGUGGAUGCAUUCCAUGAUUGAACGUGUCCAUGAGGAUGGUUCUGUGGUUUUUCAGAAUGGGAAAAUAAUUUCGGCUGAUGUUAUUAUGCAUUGCACUGGGUAUAAGUAUCACUUGCCGUUUCUUGAUACCAAUGGAAUUGUUACUGUGGACGAUAACCGUGUCGGGCCAUUGUACAAAGAUGUCUUCCCUCCAGCAUUAGCACCGUGGCUCUCUUUCAUCGGGAUACCAUGGAAGGUUGUGCCUUUUCCUAUGUAUGAGUUUCAAAGCAAGUGGCUCGCGGGAGUUUUGUCUGGUCGGAUUAUGCUUCCAUCCAAGGAUGAUAUGAUGAAGGAAGUCAAAUCUUUCUAUGCAACACUUGAAGCUCAAGGGAUUCCAAAGCGAUAUACUCAUCAAAUGGGGUUUACUCAAUUUGAGUACAAUAAUUGGUUGGCUUCGCAAUGUGGAUGCUCAGGAACAGAGGAGUGGAGAAAAGAGAUGUAUUUGACGACUGGUGUGAGGAGAAGAGAGUAUCCAGAGACUUAUAGAGACGAGUGGGAAGAUCAUCACUUGGUUUCUCAAGCUUAUCAAGAUUUCUCUUUAUAUACACAGUAAAUCUCUAACAAAAGAAUCCAAUAAAGUACAGUUAAUUACCAAAGAUAUUGUGCCAACACUGCCAUUCAAUUGGAGAAUGUUAAAAAGAACAGAGUGUGAGCAUCACUAAGUUCCUUAAGCUUAUUAAUAUUUCUCUCUAUGUGCAUAAACAUAA